AUGCAUCUCGUGAAGCUCCUGUCUGCACUAGCCCUCAUCCCCCUCACGACUGCAAUGCCUCCCAGCCAGGUAUUGGCCAUGUUCUGGGGUGACAAACACCAUGACCACCACGACGGUGACCACCACAACGGCCAUCAUGGAGGCCGCCAUGGCUGCCCGGAUAAACCGCAGGAGUGCAACCACCACUGCCGUCGGCGCCACUUUGACCGUGGGGUUUGCGUGUCGCCCAAGAAGUCGAAUGGGAAGGCCAAUUACUGCUCCUGCGAGGAUGAUAGUAUGUGGAGUGGGCGCUAUUGA